AAGAAACAAGUCUCCAGUCCGCUGACAGUUUGAUGCGAGUCGUAGAUACUUAGUUUGCUCCGAAGAUUUUUCUGGGCUGAGUGCGAGCAAGUUUUCCGUCUUCCCGAUCCAAUUUCGAUUGCCUGAGCGAAAAUAAUCCGGUCGGGCCGUAGUGAGGAAUUUCCGCCAGGAAAAUAACCAUCGAAGAGUGAAGUGCGAGAACUCGCGUCGUAGGUAUGGGCGGUAUGAAGUUUUUAUGUGUGCUGGCACUGUCGGCCUUCGGAGUGUUGCUGAUUGCUUCAUAUGCCGAUUCAUGCAACGAGUACGUUUGUGCCUCCAUUGUUUCGAAAUGCCUCCUAACUCAAAGCUGUAAAUGCGAUUUGAAAAACUGCACUUGCUGCAAAGAUUGUUUCAGUUGCUUGAGUAAUCUUUAUAGCGAAUGUUGCAGCUGUCUAGAUUUGUGCCCAAAACCGAAUGACACAAAAACCCCGAAAAAAUCACAUUUGGAUGAAUUCGAGGGCAUUCCUGGUUUAUUUGACGCUUUGGCAGGUGAGGCUGAUGAGGACAAAUGGACUACAUUUACUUUUCCAGUGGACUUUGAUUCAUUAUUGACGGGAUCAAAAGUAGAAAAAGAUAUUAAAUAUUAUUUGCAUUCAAAUGAGCAAAAUGUGGACGUUGCACUUAAAGAACGAGAGGACAUCGUGACUUACAAUUGUACAGUGGUUUAUAUUAAUCAGUGCUUAUCUUGGAACAAAUGCCGACAAAAUUGCCAAAGCAUGGGUGCUAGUAGUUGCAGGUGGUUCCACGAUGGCUGCUGCGAAUGUGUCGGGUCGAAAUGUAUCAAUUACGGCAUAAAUGAAAGCCGAUGUUCUGCUUGCCCUGAAGAAGAUGAUAUUCUAGACGAUAUUCCCAUCGAUGAUUUGGACUAUGGCGAUGAAAUGGGACCUUACGACGGAACCAUAGACAAUACCAACUUCUAAAUAUAUUUAUUUUGCAAAUUUUAAUAUAUAUGUAUAUGUAUAUGAACUUAAUGUCUAAAUGUGCCUUAUCAUGAACAAAAACGAUUUUUUUUCAUUGUUUGAAUGUAAAAAAGUACUAACACAAAAGCACACACUUAGUGGAAAUUUCUUGUCUCGUAAGCUUAAAACUACAACAAACUAACAUUCCAGGUUUUAGUUUUAUGAAAAGAGUUAUGUUGAAUUGCCAGCUGAAAAGAUAUACAAAGUAUUAUUUUUGUAUCCUGAUUUUCAAUGUUUUUAUGGAUGUUGUUUAACGGAUAGGUGUAGGAAGGCUAUUAUUUAAAAACUAUAUAAUAAUUUAAAACAAUUGUCAAAUUUAUAUUCAACUGUACAGAUUAAUUAUUUACAACUCUUAAUACUCUUGAUAUUGUAUCGACUACGAAAAUUCAAAAUGCCAUAUUUGAAAGUAUCAAUCUAAGGUUCAUUUGUUCAUUUGGAAAGGAAUUUGAUAUAAUGCGAACAGUCUUUAGCCCUAGUUGAUACUCUAACAUGUCGGAUAAGUGUCUCUAACUCCUUCAUUUUAUAUUUCCAGUGCAACUGAUAUUUAAAAGGUUUCUUUAUUGAUUGUGAAAUUAUAUGAAUUUUUACGAAGCCAAAA